UUACCUGGUUAUCUUCUCGCGCUUUUUGAAAUUUCGAUUCUUGCUGACAGAGAAAACUUGUUUGCUAGCGUUUUUGAUUGUUCUGAAGCCUGUAUUGUUUAAGUACUUCUAGCUGCGCUGCAAGUACAGAACCCCAGUUGACUGUGAAUCUGUGAUCUGAGUGUUCACUUUCCCUUUCUGCAGCAAUGUCGCAAAAACGGCCAAUUACAGCAUCGGACGCGGGAAGUCGCGCCAAAGUGGCGAAGCUUGGUGACUAUGCAAAGCAUCUGCUGCUCUGUAAAGACACCAGCGAUGUUCAGUUCCAGGUGGGACGGGAUUAUCGCGCAGUGGAGAUCUUUUCAGCCCACAAGCUCAUAAUGGCUCGCAGCCCUGUUUUCCAUACGAUGUUCUAUGGAAGUCUGCCCGCUGACUGUACAGCUCCCAUCAGUAUUCCCGACAUUCUUCCCGGAGCCUUCUCUAACAUGCUCAGCUUUAUUUACACCGAUGCCGUGGAGAACCUUACCAGCGAUAACGUCUUCCCUACUCUGGGCUGCGCCGACAAGUACGACCUACCGAUAUUGGUAGCCAUCUGUACUAAGUUCGUCCUGAAGGACCUCAACAUCAACAACUGCCUGGAUAUUCUGGAUGAUGCGGUCCAUUACGAUAGCGUUGCGCCGAGUAUCCUGGAGAAAUGUUUAUCGAUCAUUGAUGAAUCGCCGAAAUUUGUCUGGGAACCGGAGCAGUUCAAUGCGAUUGGGCACGAGGCACUGCGCAUUAUUCUUCAGCGUGACACAUUGACCGCCAAUGAGGACAUAAUUUGCUCGUCGGUUGACAAAUGGGCUACAUACAUGUGCUCGCUAGCGAAUGUGGACGCUUCCGCAGCUAAUCGGCGUGGAAUGUUGGGUCAGGCGCUGUUUCUCAUCCGCUUUCCGCUCUUAACAAGUUGUAAACUUCUGGAUGGGCCUGUCAAGAGCGGUUUGUUGCUGCCAACGGAAGAACGGGACAUCUUCCACUACAAGUACGCAACAAUCAAACCGCAGUUGCCGUUCCCCGCGAAGCCCCGACAAAAUGGUCGCGCUAAUGGUGUGAUUAAUUUCACGAUUCCGGAUGUCAGGGAGCUGGACGAGUAUAUGGAGAGCGAUCCCAUUGCGCUUAGGAACCUGCUAUGGUGCAUUCAUGUCGAAGAGGAUACAGAUGCACCUGCGGCUUUGGGCAUGUACUUGUCAUGUACGAGUCGUUCGAAAUCGGCAACUUGGAACUGUCAAUUUCACGCAGAACUGCGCCUACUGCCAUGGAAAAAGGGAACUGCACCAUUCCAGAAAACGAUUUCUCGUCUGUUUUGCAAGGAAAGUCCUAGCUGGGGAAUUCCGGAUUACAUCUUUACGAAGAAUCUACUGGAACCGGCAAACGGCUACGUCAACCCUGCGGACUUCUCCUUAAAACUGCAAAUAAAAAUAGCUGCUGAACGCCCUACUGGAAUGGAGUGAAACAAUGACCCACAUAAAUUUUAAGAAAAUUGUCGGGUUUUCGAAUGUUUCAAAUUUCCCGCGUACUUUGAAGUGGCGUUAUCGUUUCCGUAGUGUAGACGAACUUUUGAUCCAGUUCUUCUUGAUAGAUUUGUUUUCUUAUUAGCUGAUUGGACACUGGAUGUUUUAGUCGCUGAGGAGAUAGUACGGUUCAGUUUGAGUUAUGGAUUUCAUUAUAGCGCUUUGAACGCAUUUUUCUGUUGUGUUUUUGUUGAGUAUCGGUGCAGCGCCGUCAUGGUAUACGUGUCAAAUGUGCAGCUGCCCAGAUUUUCCAGAUGUGUCAGAUUUUCCAGACGGCCAAGGUACCUUGCCGGAAUUUUCUAGUUAAUAAACC